UUCUUCUUUUUUUUUCUUAAUUCCCUCUUUAAUUAAGAAAAAUAUUUUAAUUAUUGCAUUUUGGUCUUUUUAGUUAUAAUUUUUUUCAUAGUCUUUGCUUGUUAACAUCUCAAAUAAGAGUGAUAACUGAGAAGAGUUGAUGAAUAGGUGAAGUUGAAAUCAAAGAACUGCGGCUCGUUAAUUCCCUUCCCCAUCUGCCGAAUUAUACUGCAGGUAUCCAGAGAGCAAUUGAAAAACUACGGUGGUAGGCCAUGAAAGGUUACGAACAUUGCCUAUGGCUAUGUUUGCUUGCAAUAUGGUUUCACUGUGGAUCGACCACGGUUUGGUCCAUAACAACAGCUGAGUAUAAUCAAACGAUAUUUCCAUCGUUCAACGACCACCCGAUUGUGAAGUUGGAUGUAAAUAAUCUGAAUUGGCAGAGCUACGAUGACUUCAUUAUAGCUCUGCGUAACGCAUUGCGUAAUCCAAAUGAGGACGUAAGAAACUGGCAUGGCUAUGGCGUGCUGCGUAGCACUCAGAAUUUGCCGGAAUCCCGGAGUUUUCUUCUAGUUGAGCUCUCAGUUCCAGAUAUUCCAGGUGCAACGAUUACUUUCGCGGUAAACGUCACCAACAUGUAUAUAAUUGGUUUUCUUGUGGGAGACCGUGCACAUUAUUUCCCAGGUUAUGAUCAUGAUAUUCAAAUCGCUUUCCCGAAUGUUCCAUCUCAAAAUCGGCACGUACUCCCAUUCGAAGAGAAUUAUAAUUCUCUAGAAUCCGCUGCACAUGAGGAUAGAAGUACCAUUUAUCUGGGGAAAAAUCCGCUAAUUCAGGCUGUCAGACAACUCUAUUAUGCUAGUCGUGACGGCCACAUUAGUCCCGCCCAACGGGCAGGUCCAGCUAAAUGGCUUUUAGUUUGCAUUCAGAUGAUCUCUGAAGCGGCACGAAACUUUAUAAUUGCAGGCAGAAUUUCCUCUUGGAUUGAUAACUUAUAUGAAAGAGCGGCAGAGCCUGACAUGAUUAGUUAUCAAAAUAGGUGGGGAAAACUCUCGGAGAGAAUUCAAGAAUCUGGAGAAAAUGGAGUAUUUGAUGCAGUUGACCUUGUAGAUCGUACAAAUCAGCCGAUGGAUCUGUCUAACGUGAACGACUUUUAUGUCAGAUUCGCUAUAGCUUUGAUGAUAUACUACUGCCAACCACAACCAAAACUAAUUCAUCACCUUUCCCCACUUAUAAUUCAGCCUGCUGUAGCAAUGUAUGAUGAUGUUUGUGUAAAUCCCGAAGACCCUAUAGUGCGUAUUGUCGGUCCAAACGGUCUGUGUGCUGGUGUGAUUAAUGGGGACUACCGCAAUAGAAAAGCAAUAGUAUUACAGCCUUGUAAAUCGAAUUCGGAUGAGAGUCAAUUAUGGACCUUCAAGAGGAACGGAAUGAUUCAAUCUAAAGGCAAGUGCUUGACCUGUUACGGAAAUCAACCAGGAAACUACAUAAUGAUAAACGAUUGUCCAUCUCAACUCACCGACGUUACCAAAUGGCAAGUAUGGGACAAUGGAACAAUCGUAUCUGGAACUGGUCUAGUUUUGUCUGCAAAUGCAGGGGAUGAAGGAACCAUAUUAAGAGUCGAGGCCAACAUUUAUACCACCGCUCAAUCGUGGCGUCCUACUAGUUACACGCAGCCUCUCGUGACAUCCAUUGUCGGGCUUAACCGCCUUUGCUUACAAGCAACCGGAGAUGGAGUCUGGCUAGACAAGUGUGUAGCAGGCAAACAGGACCAAACAUGGAUUGUUUAUCCAGAUGGUUCGGUACGACCUCAGCGAAACAAAGGUGACUGUCUCUUUGGUGAUUUAAAGCAUGACAGAGUUGUCCGAAUCGUUGCUUGUUAUCCUUUAUCCGUAGGCCAACGAUGGGUUUUUAAAUCGGAUGGGAGUAUUGUGAAUUUGAACUAUGGUUUGGUGCUUGAUGUGUUGAGAUCUGAUCCAAGCUUGAAGCAGAUAGUUAUUUGGGAUUCCACCGGAAAUGCUAAUCAAAAGUGGUCAUUUGCAUUUUGAUUCAAUUAUCUCUAUGUCGUAGUGUGGUUUGUUUCUAAAUUUUACUCAAACAAAUAAAAAGUGUCUGUUCAAUUAUAGUAGAGAUGUAAUAAUGUGAAAAUGAAUGUAUUUGUUGUUUUUCUUGAUGUUAAA